UUCCUCCACCCCUCCCGUCUGCGCCGCCUGUCUGUUUCUCUCCUCCUUUCCCGGCUUCCUUGACGACCCCCGCUUCUUUCUUCCCGCGCGCACUCGCGUCAGCAGUACGCGCAUACGCGACUGCGGCCGCUGCGUGCGCUUCUUCUCGCCGCUCGCUGGGUCGUGCGGGCCGCUCUUCUGGCGGAGCUGCUGGAAGUGCUCUGUCACUAAGAGCUGCGCUGCUGCCACCCAUCGGCCUAGACUUGCGUCUACAACGCGCGAGAGCACGUACUCUCUGCUGCACGCUCCUGCCGGCCGAGCCUUUCGCUGCUGGUGCUGCGACAAGGGAACGAUGGACCCGAUGGCACGAGACUCGUACGAGCCUCGCGCGCCGCUGCCUGACAUCUACGAUGAGGAGCCUCGCAUGCUGAAGCGGCGGCGCUCCAUCUCGCCGCGCCGCGGGCCGGACCACUACGAGCCGGCACGGCAGCGCUCGCCGCGCAUGGGUGCAGGCACCGUGAACGGCUACACGAUCGACCCCACGCGCACAGACCCGGACUAUCUGGCCUGGAUCGCGCGGCAGCGCGCCCGCGAGGAGGAGCGUCGCGGCGGGCCGCAGGGCUGGGCUGGCGGCGACGACGACUGGGAGCGCAAUCGCUGGCGCGACGAGCGCGGCUUUGAUGAGCCGCCGCACAUGCGCGGAGGGUUCGACGACGACCGCUAUGCGCCGCGCAUGCGGCCCGAGGAUGACUGGGACCGGGCUCCGUCUCGCGGACGCUCAUACCGCGAUGAUGACCCAUACGGGCCAGGCGGACCGGACAGGCGUGGCGCAUACCCUGGCUCGGGGUACCCGGGAGGCCGCGACGCGCGGCCUCUUGACCCGCUCGACCACGACGGCCUGCUGCCGUUCAAGCGCUACGCGCAGCUCCUGCGCGAGAGCGGCCACGAGCCUGCCGCGCUCUCCUCGUCGCCGGCUGCCUCUGCGGAGCUGUACGAGAAGUACACGGCGUACCGCUCCACCUACCAGAGCCGCGCCAUGCGCCGCUUCUUCGAUGAGCACCGCGAGCAGCCCUGGUUCGUGGAGAAGUACGGCAUUGGCGAGUCGGAUGUCGCUGCGCGCACUGCGCGCCGGAAGCGCGGCCGUGUGGGCACAAAGGCCCGCUGGCUGGAGGAGCUGCGCAGUGGGAAGCUGGAUCAGGUCUGCCUCGACGUGAAGCUGGCAUCACCUGAGCUGCUCGCGACGCUCGAGGGCGGCCUUGCUGCGCACGAGGGCAAAGGCCUGCUGGCGACAACCACGCGUGACGGCGAGGCGGAGGUGCUGCACGACCCCGACACGGCCGUGACGCCCGCAAACCCGCACGAGGUGAUGAUCCGCUCAGUGCCCGUGGAGCUGCCGCGCGCAGACCUCGAGGCCGCGCUCGCCAAGCUGCCGGGCUUUCAGUACCUCGCCAUGGGCGAGCCGCAUCAGAGCAAGCGCUACGGGCGCAUGGGCUGGGUCGUGUUCGAUGCCGACACGAACAUGUCGGACGCCAUCUCAUCUCUGAACAGCCUGCCAAUCGGCGACGGCAAGCUCACGUACGAGACGACUGAUCGCGCUGCACAUGCGCGCAUGCGCAUCGCGCCGCCGCAGGCAUCCGCGCUGCCUCGGCUCGCGCACGACCUGCGUCAGGCGCGGGAUCUCGUGGCCACGCUCGAGCGCGAGGACCGCAAGCUCUGGCACGAGGAGCUCGACGCCAUGCCCGUCGACGGUGCGGCUCCGGAGGAGCUGGCGUGGCUCGACGUGGAUGCCUCUGCUGAGAUUGAGCAGCGAUGCGCGCACCUCGAUGUCGGCCGCGGCGAGCUCGGCUGGGAGGAGAUCGAGCGGCAGGCUGCUGGCGGCCAGCCGGCGCCUCGCGCAGAAGGCGAGGAGGAGCCGGCAGACAAGCCAGAGGACCUGCCGCCUGCGCGUCUGCGCGAGAUCCUCACGAAGCACCUCGACCUGCAUCUCGACCUGCUGCGCUACGUCUGGCACUGCGACUACUACGCCACGAUCAUGUGCGACUUUGCCGAGGAGCUCGUGCGCCGGGCUCCGCGGCAUCUUCGCCGUGUCGAGUCGAGCCUGCAGAUGGAGAAGGGCUGGGCAAACAGUCUCGAUGAGAAGCACCAGCUUUGGGUGUCCCCUCAGACGGUCGACGUGGAGUUCUACGGCGGCCGCAACCUCGAAAAGGAGCUGCAGGACCUUGCAGCACCAUACUCGCAACUCGACGAAGCCGAGAAGCACCGCUGCAUCGUGCCAGUGACGCCCGCCGAGGGCGACACGGCCGAGGUGCUCUGCAACAAGCCCUUCAGGGCAGCCAUCUUCGUGCGCAAGCACGUCGUCAACAAGCACCGCGCGUUCCUCGACCAGAUCGCUGGCAACAAGAUCAGAGACAUCGAGGCCUACAACGCCUACAUUCUCGAUCCAGCGCGCACGAUGCCAACGCUGCAGGCUCCCGGCACGCGCGACGGCAGCCGGCAGUCCGGCGCCGGCCAGCCGCGUGGCACGCCGCAGCUUGCGUCGCGCAUUGGCAUGCCGCGCAACCAGAGCUUCGACUCGCCGGGCAUGCUGGGCAACCUGCCGAUGCACGCGCCGCCACUGAGCCUCAUGAACGUCGGCAGCGGGGGCAUGGGCAUGCCGAUGGGCAUGGGCGUGCCCGUGCCCUUCGCGGCUGCCGGCGCGCAGUUCGGCCCGCUCAUCCGCAUGGGCGGCAGCGUGCCCGUGCAGGACUCGCCCGUCGCCGCACGGCGCGGUGCACGCGCGUCUGAGCGCAGCGAAGCUCCUCUGGGCUCGCGUCUGGGCCCGGCGCCGCCGGCCAACGACCUCGUGAUGUCCGAGCCACUACCCGAGCCGCCGCGGCCACUGGACCCGCGAGCACGAGGCGCGCCGAAGCGGUACGAGGACCUGGACAGCGCCGGCGAUGGCGAGGCUGGCGAGCUUGCGCUCGAGUACUAGCUGCCCACGCAAAAGCUGCGGCACAGCGUAUGGCACGCAAUGAUAUAUUGCCUAGCGCAGGGUAUCGUGUGUCUACGUCAGGAUCGCAGAGCGGCGCUCGCGGCCGAAGGGCAGCGAGGGCACAGGAAGCUGGCGGCUGAAGCGGCUGUGGUCUUCCGGCG